AUGAAGGACACGCGGGAGAACCCCUGCUUGGCCUUCCUGAAAGGGCUACGGCUCAAAACGGACCCCAAUUUACCGGGUGCCAAGCAAAAAACGCCAUUCAACAUAAGCAGGUUCUCUCUGCUAAUAAUCAUCGUGAUAUACACAGCGACCUCCGCCUGCAUUUACUUCGACUGGAGUGCAAUUCGAAACUUGUUGCUCAGUGUGGGGAAAUAUAACAACCUCAACGCGGGCGAAUACACAGACAUCACCCUUUCCCCUCAGUACAAGAGAAUAAACAACCUGUACCCGAUAACACUAGCCAUACAUUUUACCACAUCCGUUUUCUGUGGUUUCUUAUAUGACCACAUUGGUCCCAAAUUUACAGCCAUAAUUGGACAGAUGUGUAACAUAAUAUCGUGGAUUUUCUUGUCCAUCGACUCCACCACCGUGGAUACAACUUUCCUGAGCUUUGUGUUCCUUGGGUUGGGUGCGGACACUGCCUUCAUCCCCAUUUUAACCAUUUCGAACCUUUAUCCAGACGCCUCCACCUUCAUCCUGACAGUAGUCGGAGCAGCUGCAUCGUUAAGUUACGCCGUCCCAGCUACACUUAACUUCAUUUGCCGAAAGUACCCUUCUACGCCAUUUGCAUACAUCUGCUAUGGGUACAUAUUUGUAAUCCUCGUGCCGUGCUUAUUAGUUGCGGCUUUCUUGCUUCCUCUUAAGCCAUUCAAGGGAUUGGACUACUACCUUGAGAAAGAUCAGAGCGUGGGAAGCGGAGUAGAAGGGGAUGGACACCUUACAGGGGGGAAGACAAAAAUUGUUACAGGGCAAACGAAUGACCAAAUUGACGUGGAGAUGCAGCCAUUGGAUACAGAGAAGUCGGAAGCGUCCAGGGGGAGAAGUGGCAAUGUAAGCAACACACCGUCGACGCGGGGAAACUCACCAGACAUUGGAGAACACUCCAGGGGAGGACACUCCAGUGAAGAAAAUAGCAGUGGGAAAAAUAGCACCGGAAAAGAUACCAGCGAAUCGAAUCGCAAACGUGUGAACAGCAAAGGAAGCCGAAGUGCCAUCCAGGGGGUGCAGGAAGACGAACAAACCAACUCUUCCAGAGGUCUAAUCGAAGAAGGUUCCGAUUUCCACAGAAAAAGCAUAACCCUAUUUUUCAAGGUACUGGUAAGCUACCCAAGCAUCUGUAUCAUUGUCUACUUUAUCAUCUUCAACAUUUCUACGGUCUUCUAUGGGAUGGUCACAGACACCUAUUUUAGCUACGACCGAUCGAUUAUCAGCAUAAUUAAUAUUAUGAUGCCCAUUUCGUGUAUCCCUUGUAUCAUAUUUGGAAGGUUUAUAAACAAGUAUGGAUCGGCCAUUAUAAUCAUUCUCAUGAAUGCCUUUUCUGCACUUAUGCAUUUGACAGCACUGAUCAAACACCGAGCUUCCGGACUUGUGUCUGCCUUCCUAUACAUGUGCGUCACGAGUAUUUACACGAGUCAGAUUUAUUGCUUCAUUCAGAAUUCCUUUCCGUCUGUUGUUUUUGGGAAACUUCUUGGAUUCGCUAGCCUCUGUGGAGGCCUCUUUUCUCUGCUGUGUGAAAAUCUCUACGACCAGAUUGUGAGCAAGGAUGGGGAAAGCAUCGACCCCACCAACGUUGUACUCUUGCUCGUCAUCGUCUUCAUCCUUAUGUUCCUACCCCUCACCGUUUUGUACAACCGAAAGUAUGAGCGAUGCAUUGAGGACCUGCACCAGGAGGCGGCCACGUCACAGACCUCGGCGCACGCCUGA